CACUUGAUAUUCCUUUCACUCAUCUGCUUCAGUUUUUGCGUGGAUUCUCAGUCUUCUUCCGCCGCCGCCGCUGCCGCCUCCUCCUCUGAAUCGCUUCGGAGAGAAAAUGCACCGAGCAGCGAGCAUCAUUCAACUUUGGUAGGUAACUAAAGUCACUGCAGGGGAUGGGAGGUUGUUGUUGUUCUUCCAGGAAGCCUCAUCUGCAUGGGACACCCGUGUAUUACUAUUGUCCACCAGCUUUGGAAGAGCGUGAAGCCUUGAGAUCUCAUGAUGUCUCAGCCUCUGCACUUGCUGCAGGAAUCCUGGUUAAUUUGAAUCUGGAAAUACCUGAUACUUAUAGGGCCCCUCCAGCGCCUUUGCCCUAUGAUAUGGUUUUGGGAUGUCCUCAAUCAACAGAUUCAGAGUCUUUCAAAGAAACUGCUAGUGGUGGCAGUUUUGAGACAUUACCUGCAUGUGAAGAUCUUGAGGAAUCAGACUGCAAAAUGCAGGCUAAUUCUUUGGUUCUCUCUCCAAGGAAAUUAGAAAUCUCUAAACUAAAUGAGCCUAAGGUAUCAAAAACAGAGGAAGAGGAUGCUUGUCCCAUUUGUCUUGAAGAGUAUGAUGCAGAGAAUCCAAAACUUAUUACAAAAUGUGAGCAUCAUUUUCACCUCUCCUGCAUUUUGGAGUGGAUGGAAAGAAGUGACACCUGCCCCAUCUGUGAUCAGGAAAUGAUAUUUGAUGAUACCUUGAAUCAUUAAUUCUUUGUUCAAGAUGGAAACCAUGGCUGUUUGAGGGGAAAGACUUGCCAACUUAAUGUGCUGAUGCAUGUUUGUCUUUUGUUCUGUAGCUGGUCAGAUGGGUGCCCCCAGGGUAAUUAACCUAUAUUGUAGUUAUCUAAAAGAUUGCAGUGUAUUUAUUGCUCUCAUUGUUUUGUUCGAUUACCUGAGUAUACCAAGAGUCGACAGUCAAGUUCAGACCACAUGACAACAGCUUGGUAAUGAGAAAGUACACAUUUUGUUGGAGGGACCCACAUGCAAUUAAGGUUUCCCUUCAAAAAUACAAACAGCAAUUACCAGAGUCUGCCUUACAUGUUUUGAUUUUUGGCUUGUACAGAUUUCAGCCCCAAGCUUCUUCCUUGUUGUAUACUCCUACAUAUAUGUAUGCAUUUUUUUCUUUUCCAUUGUUUUUUUUCUUUUUUUGUAAAUCCUUAUCUGUUUCUCAUAUUGGUUGGAUUUAUGAUGGACGGUGUUCAGUGUAAGGAAAGAAAGGAAUGGUCAAUGGAUUUGUAUACUGCAUUCAAAUGAAAUUUAGAUAGAAGG